ACAAAAGAGCCGCUUCAAUCACGCAACGAUUUUUCUCUUCCUUCUCGAACCUCACGACUCGUCCUUCCAAUCCUCCCAUCAAAAUCCUCUGUUCUCUCUUUUGCAAGUAACCCUUCACCAAAACCUCUCUCUCUCUCUCUCUCCAGCGGAAAUCAGCUAAAACCCUCUUUCUUCCCCCAAUACAGCUACCUCUCUCUCUAUAUUUCCUCUAAAUCUAGCGCGGAUCAGCUAAAACCCUAUCUUCACCGUUAAAAAGAGAGAAAUGGCGUACGUUGAUCACGCCUUCUCAAUCUCAGACGAAGAUAUAAUGGUGGGAGAGUCUUCAUACAUCAUUCACAACAAACCCCCCAUCAAAGAAAUCGCACUCGCCAUUGCUCUCCUCGUUUUUGGAACCCUAGGAAUCGUCCUCGGCUUCUACAUGGCUUACAACAAGAUCGGAGGCGACAGAGCCCAUGGGAUUUUCUUCGCGUCGCUGGGAUCGCUUCUUUUCAUACCAGGGUUCUAUUAUACGCGGAUCGCGUACUACGCCUACAAGGGCUACAAAGGGUUCUCUUUCUCCAACAUACCGCCCGUCUAGGGUUUGCAGUAUGGCCGACUUCCAUGUAUAGAUCUUGUGCUGAGUGGUUUUUUUUUUUUUUUUUGGUUGAAUAAUAUGUUCUGGAAAUGUGGACGCGUUUUAAUACACGAAUUUGGAAUGUUUUCUUGUGA